CCGUCUUUGAAGCAUGAGUUCACACCAGCAGAAGCAGCCCUGCACAGGACCUCCUCAGCUGCAUGAGCAGCAAGUGAAACAGCCUUGUCAACCACCACCGCAGGAGCCAUGUGUCUCCCAAAUCAAGGAGCCCUGUGACAUCAAGGUUCCUGAACCCAGUCACCCCAAAGCUCCUGAGCCCUGCCACCCCAAGGCACCUGAGCCCUGCCACCCCAAGGCUCCUGAGCCCUGCCACCCCAAGGCUCCUGAGCCCUGCCACCCCAAGGCUCCUGAGCCCUGCCACCCCAAGGCACCUGAGCCCUGCCACCCCAAGGCUCCUGAGCCCUGCCACCCCAAGGCUCCUGAGCCCUGCCACCCCAAGGCUCCUGAGCCCUGCCCUUCCACUGUCACUCCAGUACUAGCCCAACAGAAGACAAAGCAAAAGUAAUGUAGUUCAAAACUGUGCCUUGAGGAGCUGAUCACCAGAUGAAUGCUGAGCCCCAGUUUCCAUUCUGGGGAAAUACUACGCCCUUACAGCACAGUCCUGCCUCUCAUUUAUACCUUAAAAUGAAGCACUACGAAGAUUUUUUACCUAUAAAUGUGGGGCCUCUGAGUCUCUGAAUUCAACUGAGGACUUGGUUCCUGAGCUAGUUUGUCUACUCAAUGUUCUUCUGAAGAGGGACUAAGUUACAAGUGAUUCAGUCCUGUUAUGUCCCCAUUAAAUCCUUCCACUCCUGAC